CUCUCUCUCUCAAUUUUGUGUAUAUAUACGAUGAAUUAUGAACAAAUACUCACAAUUGCAUUAUUUUGAUAUCUAUAAUUCCAAUUUUAUUUUAAUGUGACUCAUUUAUAAUUCGAAGACUUAUCGGUAAAGAGAUACUCUUUCUUCAUAUGAAUCACAAUUUAAUACAUAUAUAAAAAUAAUUCAUUAAAUUUCUGCACACAUGUCACAGUGUUAUUAACAUGAAUAUAUAAGCUUUUACUUACUUGGUAAAGAACGAAGUAUUUUCUUUAUAUAAAUGCAUGCCUCCUUGGGUGAUUGAAGCAUAUUCCCCUCCUCUCUUAUUUCACACACAACAACAAUCAAUUCUUCAAAAAAAAAAGAAAAAAGAAAAAAGAGAGCUUCAUCUUGAUGAAAACUUUCCAAGAAAAGAAUAAUCCAAUAAAAUAAUUGCAAAAAUAAGAUCUAAUAAUAUAAUGUUGAGAAAAUAUUGUGUGAUUAUUAAAAUAAAAUAAUUAAAAUAAUAAUAAUAAAAUAAAGCAAAAGGCAGCCCAAAGCUUAUGACUUGAAAGUGAACUCUCAGAGGCAUUUAACUCCCCACACUCCUAUCACAGCACCUCUCUCAUCUAUUUAAGCACCCUCUCCCCCUCCAAACCAAACUCACUAUUCUCUCAACAAAGUUCUUCAUUUGCAAACACUUCAAAAAAACAUCAACAACCAAAACCUUCUCAUAGAUCUUUGAUCUAUUGCAACAACAAUCACUUCCAAAACAAUCCCAAAUUGUUUUGUGCUUCAAUCCCAUUACUCUCCCACAAAUAAACAAAAAACUCACACUUUUAAAGUCUACUUCUUUGAUCAUCAACAUGGAGUACAUGUUUCGUCUAGUGGAUUAUAAAGAUUCCUUCGCUCGCCGUUGUAUCAUGGUCAAUGGCCCAGUCAUAGUUGGGGCCGGACCAUCAGGACUAGCAACGGCGGCUUGCCUCAGAGACCAAGGAGUGCCCUUUGUGGUGCUUGAAAGAGCUGAAUGCAUAGCAUCCCUAUGGCAAAAACGCACCUAUGACAGGCUUAAGCUUCACCUUCCCAAGGCAUUUUGCCAACUCCCCAAGCUUCCAUUCCCUGAAGACUUCCCUGAGUACCCAACAAAGAAACAAUUCAUUGACUACCUUGAAUCAUACGCCAAACACUUUGAGAUCAACCCAAAGUUCAAUUCUUGCGUCCAGUCUGCAAGGUACGAUGAGACAAGCGGUUUCUGGCGGGUGAAGACCGUUACCUCAACCGAGUCGACCCGGUCCGAGGUGGAGUACAUUUGCAGGUGGCUCAUAGUGGCCACCGGCGAAAAUGCAGAGUGUGUCGUGCCGGAAUUCGAUGGCUUGUCGGAUUUUGGAGGCAAAGUUGUGCACGCUUGUGAGUACAAGUCUGGAGAAAGUUUCAGAGGAAAGAAAGUUCUUGUUGUUGGCUGUGGAAAUUCAGGCAUGGAACUCUCUCUUGACCUCUGCAACCACAAUGCCUUGCCAUCAAUGGUGGUUAGAAGCUCGGUUCAUGUCUUGCCUAGAGAAAUGUUUGGAAAAUCGACAUUCGAAUUGGCUGUUCUGUUGCUGAAAUGGCUGCCCAUUUGGUUGGCUGACAAGCUCCUCUUACUGUUCUCAUGGUUGAUUUUAGGAAGCAUUGAGAAAUAUGGACUGAACAGGCCUUCUGUGGGACCAAUGGAGCUCAAGAACAUGGAGGGGAAGACCCCUGUUUUGGACAUUGGAGCGCUGGAUAAAAUUAAGUCUGGUGGUAUUAAAGUGGUUCCUGGAAUCAAGAGGUUCUCAAGUGGCCAAGUUGAGCUUGUCAAUGGCGAAAGGCUUGAUAUUGAUUCAGUUGUUCUAGCUACUGGCUACCGCAGCAAUGUCCCUUCUUGGCUUCAGGAAGGUGAUUUCUUCUCUAAGAAUGGAUUCCCAAAGCAGCCAUUCCCACAUGGCUGGAAAGGAAAUGCUGGGCUCUAUGCAGUUGGGUUCACAAGGAGGGGGCUCUCUGGUGCAUCAUCUGAUGCCAUGAGAAUUGCACAAGAUAUUGGCAAGGUCUGGAAAGGAGAAACCAAGCAGAUAAAAAAGAGAACCACAGCUUGCCAUAGAAGAUGCAUUUCCCAGUUCUAAAUAUGCCCAUUCAUUCAGAUUGACCGUCCAUUGACUUCAGUGUUUAGUUGGGGUUAAUUAACUCCAUGGUGUAACAAAAAAAAAAAAAAAACUGAAAAAAAAAAAAAUACUGUAUAUGCAAAGAAAAGAAACAAACAGAUAGCACAUAGACAGAGCCCUCUCCAAAGGCCCAAGUUUUGAAAAUGUUUGGGCAUUUUGUAAUUUGAGGAUGAUGAGGCUUCUUCUUCUUCUUUUAUUUUUUCUGAAGUUCCAUACAGGUUUUUUUUGGUUUUUUGUAUCAUAUUAAUCCAAUGAAAAAGUUAAAUGACAGGGUUUCCAAUUCAAUUUCGGUUUUAUUAUUCUCGCAAACCGCCCGACUAACCCUUCUAUCCGACUUACCAACAACU